AUGCUCCUGCUGACCGUCUCCCUUGUCUUCGGUUUCUGGGCAUCCUCAGAAUGUGCCUCUCUCAGAUUCCCUCAGAAAGGUUGCAAAUUUGAAGAAAGGCUGUUUCCUAAAGGAUCAAGGUUUGAACCCACGCCAUGCAUGACGUGCCACUGCCCUCAGGACGGCGGCAUAGCUAACUGUGUUGUUCAGGACUGCAUGCCAGACCAGCAUUGUAUCACUUUUGACAACUCGACCACUGAGUGCUGCCCUACAUGCUUGAAGUUCGGGUGUCGACAUUCUGAUGGAAGGAUCUUCAAUCAAGGGGAAGUAAUCAAGAAUGAACCCUGCGUCCGUUGCUUCUGUCCCUUUGGUGGAGGUAUACCCGUCUGUGACGUUACCUCCUGUCCGUUGUCGCAGUGUGUGGACCCGGUUUCAGUUUCUGGCGUUUGUUGUCCCAUUUGUCCCAACGGUCCCAAUUGCCAGAUCGGUCUUCUGACGCUGCCUAUUGGCCAAUCUGUGAUGGUAGAAGGAGCCUCGUGUGUCUGCGAGACUUUUGUGGAUAAGGAUGGGUUAGAGAGAACCCUGGCCAGGUGCAACAAGAAUUAG